AGCGGCAACGGAGAAGGAAAGACGUUCUAGUUUUUGUGCGGCUCUUUAGAUUUCGAUUGUCUUAGCAGCAAAAUGAAAUUAAUUCUUGCAUUUUGCUUGGUCGCCAUAUUGGCCGGAAUUGCAGCCGCUGAUGAAAGCAAAGGACCUAAAGUGACCGAUAAGGUCUUUUUUGACAUCACCAUUGGUGGUGAGUCGGCUGGUCGAAUCGAGAUUGGUUUGUUCGGAAAAACUGUGGAGAAAACGGUGAGGAACUUCAAGGAGCUGGCUAGCAAGCCUCAGGGCGAAGGCUACAAGGGCAGCAAGUUCCACCGCAUCAUCAAAGAUUUCAUGAUCCAGGGAGGUGAUUUCACAAAGGGAGACGGCACCGGCGGACGCUCCAUCUACGGCGAACGCUUUGAGGAUGAGAACUUCAAGCUGAAGCAUUAUGGCGCCGGCUGGUUAAGCAUGGCUAACGCUGGCAAGGACACUAACGGUUCACAGUUUUUCAUUACCACCAAGCAGACUAGCUGGUUAGACGGACGCCACGUUGUCUUUGGAAAGGUACUCUCCGGUAUGGAUGUGGUGCGCAAAAUCGAAUCGUCAGCCACCGAUGCCCGUGAUCGUCCAGUCAAGGAUGUUGUCAUUGCCAACAGUGGCUCCAUCGAAGUCCCUGAGCCAUUUUCCGUUUCCAAGACUGAUGCUACUGAAUAAGCAAUACGCAAGAAGGCGUCCAUAACUUUUUAAUCCACUCCUAAUUCAACAGCAAUAAGCAUAUUAGUGUCAGUAAUUAAUUAGUGCCCGACUUCAUAUCAGAGAAGUUGGGUUGCAUUUAAAAUUAUAUUUGUAUCUGCUCAAACUCAACUAAUCAGAAUUGUAUGUAAAACAUUAAAAUAAAAUAUGUGAUAAAAAACUAAA